AUGCCCCAAUUAUUUAUUAAUAAUAAUCUUAGUGUAACUUCUUCGGAAACUGUCAAACUGUUGAGUAUGCUGACUAUGCUGUGCACGUUACCGAUGGCAACUGUAGAAAGCGAACAAUGUUUCUUUACAUUAGAGAGAAUAAAGACAUUUUUACGAAAUACUAUAGGACAAGAAAGACUAUUUGCGUUUGCCAUGUUAAGUAUAGAGAAACCGUUUAUAAACAAUAUUGUUAAUUUUAAUGAGCGUGCUAUCAAUCAUUUUUCAAAUAAAGACCGAAGAGUUGAUCUAAAAUUUAAAACAUUUGAAAAAAUAUAUUUUGAUUAA